AUGGGGCGUAGUCGGAGCGGGAGCAGGUCGAGAAGCUUUAGUAUGCCAAGAAAGCCGCGGGAGACUGGAACGGUGAACAGCUGGAACGUGGAGCGUCAGUUCGGCUUCAUCUCCUGCGACAGCAGCCGUGGGGACGUCUUUCUCCAUGCCGAGGGCUUCAGGGAUGUGGACGUCCGAGACCGGGUCAAGAAGAACGGCCUCAAGCGAGGGGACGGUGUUCGUUUUGACGUCAAGGAGCCUGGCGGCUCUGGCAAGAAAUUAGAGGCCAAGAACGUGGAGCUGAUGGAUAAUGAUGACUCCCGCAAGCGGAGCAGAGGAAAGCGCUCCAGAAGCCGCCGGAAAGCUCGGAGCGCGUCGCCCCCGAGGCGGCGCAGAUCAGACAGCCGGAGAUGA